GGUAGAGAGAGAGAGUUUUAAACCGAAAGGUGGCAGACGCUAACGUGCGCCAUUUAUAUUUUUAAAACUCUGUAAAGACGCUGAUCCUUUAUCGUCUUUGUUUUGUCUUGCAGAGAAUCCUCGCCCCCUCCCUCCACUCCCCGACCGCCACCUCAAAUUCCCCACUACAGUUCAUUCUGAAUUUCCAGCUUCUUCUACAUGGAGAACGGCUUCUCUUCUCCUCGGAGCGAGUCUUUCCCGGCAGGUCUCCGGGUGCUCGUCGUUGAUGACGACCCCACGUGGCUCAAAAUUCUCGAGAAGAUGCUCAAGAAGUGCUCCUAUGAAGUGACUAUAUGUGGUCUGGCAAGAGAAGCUUUGAAAUUGCUUCGGGAAAGGAAAGAUGGGUAUGACAUCGUAAUCAGCGAUGUUAACAUGCCUGACAUGGAUGGUUUCAAACUUCUUGAGCAUGUUGGACUAGAGAUGGAUCUUCCUGUCAUCAUGAUGUCCGUUGAUGGAGAAACAAGCAGGGUAAUGAAAGGAGUUCAGCAUGGAGCCUGUGAUUAUCUCCUCAAGCCGAUAAGGAUGAAAGAACUCCGGAAUAUAUGGCAGCAUGUCUUCAGAAAGAAGAUACAUGAGAUAAGGGACAUUGAGCAUCAUGAAAGUUUUGAGGGUAUUAGACUAUCAAUAAAUGGAUCAGAAUUUUCUGAUGAUUGUAUCAUGUUUAGUGGAGAAGAUCUGACAUCUUUUAAGAAAAGAAAAGAUUUUCAGAACAAAUAUGAUGAGAGAGACUAUGGCGAUCAUUCUUCUACAAAGAAACAUAGAGUGGUGUGGUCUGUUGAUCUUCAUCAGAAGUUUGUCAAGGCUGUAAAUCAGAUUGGUUUUGAUAAAGUAGGUCCCAAAAAGAUACUCGAUUUGAUGAAUGUGCCAUGGCUGACUAGAGAAAAUGUUGCUAGUCACUUGCAGAAGUACCGCCUCUACUUGAUUAGAUUGCAGAAGGAAAAUGAUCUGAAAGCUUCUUUUGGUGGUAUAAAGCAUUCAGAUGUUCCUUCAAAGGAUACUUCUGGAGGUUUUGGCCUGCAGAGUUCAAUCCACACGAACCAAAAUGAUGUUGCCAAUGACAGGGACCAAUUUUCUGGCAGUAACUUCUAUGGUCAGGACCUGGAUGCCAAAAACCAUGAUGGUGAUCGAGAGGAAAUUGUUUUAGAGCCCAAGCCAGAUUCGAAGAAACCAUUGACUGCUGAUGUUCCUGAUCCUCAGGAUACAAGGUGCUCACAGAUGAGCUUUGAUCAUUCUUCUGCAUCACUGGGAUCUGAUGUAAACUAUACAGAGUUUGAUUGUAGCAUCCCAAAACAGUACCCUUGGAGUGAAUGUCCGGAAGUUCAAUCCAAACAGGAACAUAAGCUUCUUCUUCAGUUAGAGGAUGGCUUUAGCCAGCAACUACCAUGUGUUCCACAGCAUUACAUUGAAAUUGAUCAACUACAAUCAGGAAGAGAUAUAAGUAGCCCUAUCAAAAAUGAACCUGUGCUUGUCCGGUGCAAGAGCCAUCGUGAGAGCCAUAUCAGUCCAAAGGAAACUGCAAUUGACGAUUUUUCUGUUCAACCCAAGAGCCUUACCGCAUAUCAUCAAUCUUUUGAGCCCAGUUCAACUGCAAUAUCGAGCAUGAAACCACAGGCUGUCGAUCUGAGCUGCAUUACAGACUUAGAAUCUUGCCAACGAAACCUGAUAUCUCCAACUGACUCGACUUUUCCACCAUUCAAUGAGGACCUGACGGUUUGCUGGCUACAAGGUGAUUUCCUAAAUAAGAAUUUUGGACUCCCAAAUAUGGAGUUUGCUGACUACAGCGACCACGGCUUUGUCGCCGACAUUCCUGUCCACUUGUAUGACACGCUAACUUCUGACUACGAGUGUCCUUAUGACCCAACAGAAUAUCCUAUAGUUGAUCAAGGUCUAUUUAUAUUAUAACCUUGCCAUCUUGCUUGAAGAGAGGAUCCUUUCUUCUUUCUUCUUAGUCAACCAAAAUUAAGUGGAUUAUUUCCAAGUACCUUAUGGAUCAGGAAAUAGUUCUCCUGAUCAGUUCCGACCUGGAUGUUAUAAUUUUGUAUUAUAGGACUGUUGCCGAACUUUUACCAUAAUAAGUUUGCUUGUUGAAGUUUGGUCUUAACUUAGGACUGUAUUUAUGGAUGUUAA